AUGUCAAUCAAAGAUCCUGAUACUAGCCCGGCAAGUCAAGAAUAUCAAACUCCCAAACGUCGAAGAAUCCAGGAUGAUAGUGAGGACUCUUCGGAAGAAGAUUGCCACUCAGACGAGCAAACGCAAACCAAGUUCCACACUUCCCAAGAGCUAGAGAGCCGUCAAAGUUCAGAAUCAUGUCGUCGACAAUCACUCUCAUCUGGAAAUAGUAGUCCUUAUCAAACCUGCAGUAGAAGCCGAUCCAGUAAAUCAAGAACUCCUGGUCUAUCUUCUUCCUCGCAUGCAUCGUCUCCUUCUGGUCCUCAAUCGCGAAGACUCAACUUUCAACCAAAAUUUACCUUAAAGGGCCACAAGGGACCGGUGUCGCAAGUUCGUUUCUCACCAGAUGGUCGUUGGAUUGCAAGCUGUUCCGCUGAUGCUACAAUUAAAAUAUGGGAUACAACUGAUGGAAGUCAUAUUCGGACGAUAAGAGGCCAUCUAGCUGGAAUCUCUACGAUAUCUUGGAGUCCUGACUCUAAAACCAUAGCCUCUGGAUCAGAUGAUAAGACAAUACGACUUUGGCACCGAACAACAGGAAAGCCUUACCCAGUUCCAUUACUUGGCCAUCAUAAUUAUGUUUACUCAGUAUCAUUUUCACCUAAGGGGAACAUGCUAGCUAGUGGUAGCUAUGAUGAAGCCGUUUUUCUCUGGGAUUUGCGAGCAAGAAAGAACUUGAGGAGCUUGCCUGCCCACUCAGAUCCUGUGAGCUCAGUAGAUUUUAUUCAUGAUGGAACCUUGGUGUGCAGUUGCUCAACUGAUGGUCUGAUUCGUGUGUGGGAAACUGUCAGUGGGCAAUGUCUCCGAACUCUUGUUCAUGAAGAUAAUGCGCCUGUCACCAAUGUCUGUUUUUCGCCCAACGGACGCUACAUUCUUGCCUGGACUCUCGAUUCCUGUAUUCGUUUAUGGGACUAUGUUUCAGGAACUUGUAAAAAAACCUAUCAGGGUCAUAUCAAUAAAAAAUAUUCCCUAGGAGGAGCAUUUAGUGUUUCUGGGUCAGAUAGUUAUAUAGUAUCGGGAAGUGAAGAUGGUAACCUUGUUUUCUGGGACGUGAAGACAAAAGAAGAAUUACAGAGAGUCAGUGGUCAUGAUGGCGUAGUUUGUUGGGUUGAUACAUGCACUGAGACUGGUAUGAUUGUAAGUGGAGGUCUAGAUGGAAAUGUACGGAUAUGGAUUGACAUAAAUAACGUCGAGGAUCCCGUUAACGGAAUGCUCGAGCUACAACUUAGACACCGCGAAGAAGAUUCAAAGGACCUGAAUCUAGAUGUGGAUUCUGAUUCUAAUUGCGAAACACCCAGGCAGGACGCGAGUGGUGAUGAAGACCCUAUUGCUGGUGAAAAUCCCGAGAAAAUGGAAUUUGAUUGA